UUUGGUUUCUGUCUUGCUUGCAGCAUAUUCAUAAUUAGCAACAGUAGGCACAGCGGGAAAGAACGUUAUACUUUGAAACAAAAGUUGGGGUUUUUCUAGUGAAUAAAGUAUUCUGAAAAGACCAAGGAAAACUGUCCACAGAUUCCUAUUUGGAAAAAAAUCAUCUGGAACAUGCCAAGGUAGUUGGGGUGGAAUCUCUUGCAUGUGCGCACGCAGUUGCUUUUUGGUUGUUAGAGCAAAGUGCAGAUUUUCAGUAUCUUCCUCUGAAAAUUCAGCUGUGAAGAGAAGAGCAUCGGACGGUCUUCACUACGGAGUCGUCUGAAUUCUUGCUGUCAAGAUGGGAAAACAGAACAGCAAGCUGCGCCCAGAGGUCAUGCAGGACUUGCUGGAAAGCACAGACUUUACAGAGCACGAGAUCCAGGAAUGGUAUAAAGGCUUCUUGAGAGACUGCCCCAGUGGACAUUUGUCAAUGGAAGAGUUUAAGAAAAUUUACGGGAACUUUUUCCCUUAUGGGGAUGCUUCCAAAUUUGCAGAGCACGUCUUCCGCACCUUCGAUGCCAAUGGAGAUGGAACAAUAGACUUUAGAGAAUUUAUCAUAGCCCUGAGUGUAACAUCGAGGGGGAAGCUAGAGCAGAAGCUGAAAUGGGCCUUCAGCAUGUAUGACCUGGAUGGAAACGGCUACAUCAGCAAGGCAGAGAUGCUCGAGAUUGUGCAGGCAAUCUAUAAGAUGGUUUCCUCUGUGAUGAAAAUGCCUGAAGAUGAGUCAACCCCAGAGAAGAGAACGGAAAAAAUCUUCCGCCAGAUGGACACCAACAGAGAUGGAAAACUCUCCCUGGAAGAGUUCAUCCGAGGGGCCAAGAGCGACCCGUCCAUAGUGCGCCUGCUGCAGUGCGACCCCAGCAGCGCCGGCCAGUUCUGAGCCCGGCAGCCCGCGAAUGGUAGAGCUGCUUGUGUUCUCUUUGGAUUUUUCUUUUUAACAAAUUUUUUUUUUGUUUUGCCAAACGAUAUUGACGGUGAUGCUGUUCCCCAUGUGGUCGGACGCACCUCCCUCCGUGCCGCCUUCAGCUUCUUUUGUCGUGGACGCUUCGUGGGAAUGUCUAGAGCCCCCCCCGCGCUUGUGGAGAGCAUGGACAGUGCUGUCGUGCACAGACUUUGUGGUGUUCAUUGUUCUGACGACUUUUCAUCGUUAUUAUUAUUUUUUUUCCUUUGAUUGGAAGGUCUGUGUUCGAAAACUGAAAACUUGGGGAGGCAAGAGAAGGGAAACCAAUCCAGUCCAGCGAUUUUAUUGCAAGCUUGAGCAGCUUGUUUGAAAAACGAAACUCCCCACCUGGGUCACACAUGCCCUAAGGUUGAUGGCACCAGAAGCUGGAUUCCCCAAGGACCAGGAAUCCUCUGGGGCCAGGCUGUUAAAGGGACCUGGGGGAUCCCCCCAGAGGCCCACCCUACCCUCUUCCCCAGCAGGCUGUAGUUACUAAGCUGUGAACAUUUCAAGGUAAAUUAAUAGAGGAGAGGAUAAAGAUGGCUAAAGGAUGGCUCAGCUGUUUCUUCCCGGGUUUACAUGAGUUGAGCUAAGAUGAAUUUCUUUGGAAACUUAAUGCAAAUGCUAACUUGUAUUCCAAAACCAGACCCAUCUUGUUGCCUAUUGUGAUUUAAAAAAAAAAAAAAAAGAUCAUUGUAUAUAAAAUAUUGGGUAUUGCAGACCAAAUUAAGUGUUUUGCCUUGUUUAAAUGAAAUGCAUGUUUAGUGAGCACUAAUACAAUCUUAUUACAGAAGACUGUUUUUAGUAGCUUAUUGUGAAGCAAGCCAGCUAUAAGGAAUGUCUGUCUUGUUUUAAAGUCAUAUCUGUCUGCACAAAUGCACCAAUCAACAGAUAUAUUUUAUAUAUUCCAGAAAAGUACAAAGUAAUCGUGACCAGGGCUCAACCUUCAUUUUGAAUGCAUUUCCAGUGGUAGCACCUAUUCCAGAAGUGGGGCAGGUAGAGUGGGAUGGGUCAACUGCAGCACCAGAAGGUUCUUGUUUAUUCGAAAUGUGGGUUUGCCCACCCAGCCCAGCAGAUCGUCGAUAGUAUUAGAUUGGAAGUGUGGUGCUUUUCCGAGCAGAUCAAUAACUCUGUAGACGCUUUCCCCCACCCAACCCCCACCCCCCGACCCCAAAAGGCAAAAAUCCUCAAGACUUCCUAAUGUUUUAAUCCACAUGCAUGGUUAGGCAGCUGUAGGCUGGAAUAUUGACUUUCCCAUGCCCCCAGUGGCCUUUAAGAGAGUCAGAGAUUGGGCAGUCAUCUGGUUCAUCUUGAAGUCAGCAAGUCAGGUGUGUCUGUGAUUUCCAAGGCCCGCUAUGGGGACUUGGAAGUCUUUUCCAUUUCUACGUUUUCUGAAUGCAGAUUUCUAUUUCCAGAAGUGAUAACCCAAUUUGAGUUUCUGUUUGGUCUGAUGACCUCAUACACCCUAAUUUGAAUUGGAAGGUAAGAGUGAAAGUUGCCGAUCGCAGGUGAGUCACAUUAGCACAAGCAAUAGGCAUGGGGAAGCCCAAACAGUUAAGGCUGGAGAUGGGGAGAAUGUGCCUCAAGAAGGCAGAGAGGUCCCCUUGGCUGUGGCCACACUCCUUGGGUAGACCAUGAACCACAGAGAGACUCCUAACCAUGAGGAAGAUGAUGCUGAGCCUGCUUAAACCUCCAGAUUCCUGUGUGUUACUCGAUUCCAUUUUAACUGAUAAUGAACAUCCGAAUUAGCAUCGGAUUUUUCAGUGGACCGAAAUGAAACAACUUUGCCGGGUGAGAUUUUGAGAGUUGGACUCUGUAAAAUCAUCUUCCUCUGUCAGUUGUUCAUAGUGGUUCUAUACCGUGAACCUUGCCGAGUUCCUCCACUGGCCAAGUGGUAAAAUCUGGUUUUGACAACUAGGGAAUUAUUAACCCAAAGCGUGGCAUGCAGAGGGGCAGGGGACCACGCCCUCUAUAGGCAAUGUCCUGGAGCUGCAUCCCACUUUCUCUCCCGCACUUAAUUGAAGAUCCAGUUCCUCCUUUUAGUUUUUCCUGAGAUGGUGGAGUCAGUUAAUGCUUGAGAAAGCCCGCCUGAGCUCUGCCCUCAGUCUUGACAUCAUACUGAGCCAGAUUCAGUCCCUGGAACCUAGAGCUGCAGUGAGAAGCCCGAAGAGCUGUUAAGAAAGAAUCCAGCGUUGCCACAGCUGUGAUGAUGUAGGUUGCAGCUCCGGCUCGGAUUCAGUCCCUGGUUCAGCAACUCCAUAUGCCAUGGGAUGGCCAAAAAAGAAAAAAAGAAAGAAAGAAAAGGAAAUAGAUCAGACUCAUGGCUGAUGAAUGCUGACAAGCUCGAGAUGGAUGAAGAAUAAUCCCUAUCCUGGCCUGCCCGUGACCCUGUCUGUAUUUUGAGGGUUGUUUUCCUCAUGCUCCCCCUGCCUCACAAGGCCUUUGUACAUCUGAUGCAGUGCCCUUGAGUGUGGCCAAGGGACUCAGUAGCACCCAAAAGGCCGAAUGGCUCAAGGCUUACGUCACUCCUGUGUGGGGCUGGUCAGUGUCGCUGCUGUGUGGCGGGACCUCUGGAAAUGGAGUCUGUUCUGUCUGAGAUCAAGCCGGCCUGUGAUGUUCAAGGGACGGGAAUAAAGUGGCUUGAAGGAUGC